CUGCCCCUCCUGCCACACGCCAUGAGGGCAUCGCUGCUUCUCUUCAUCCUGCUGGUCUACCUGGCCCACGCCCCCCAAGCGCAAGGUGUGUUUGGACCCAGGCGCUGCAAAGGCAAGUUGGGCUACUGCCGUAGCAAGUGUCAGUCCAAGCAGGUCGAGCUGGGCAAGUGCUCCACCAAAGCGAUCUGCUGUGGCAUCUCCACCGGCACGAGCUCCUCACAGGGGUCCCACGAGGUCCCUGUCAUCAAUUCUGAGCCGGCCCUGGAGUCCAAGCCCGAGCCCCAGGACACCCAGGAGGAGGAAGCCACCAUGGUCUCUGAGUGAUGGGGUCCCAUCCUGCAAUAAACCUCCCGCCUCCUCCACGCUGGCCUCCAGCUUGUGUUUUCCCUCAGACCAGUGCAGCCUUGCAGAUAACUACUGGGCCGCGCUGGCCCGCUGGAGCAUCCCUGGAGGUUUGGGGUCCUGUCCGCGGGUCCCUCUCCAUGCCCUUGCCAUCAGUCGACCUCUCCUGACCCCUACCCCUUUCCACCGCCCCCGUCCCCACCCCCUUGACAGGGCACACACA